AUCGAUAUUACUCUAUAAAGUUUGACAGCUCUAUCCCAAACGCGGUCAAUGUGUUUCUAUGCAAUUAUUGUAUUGCUUAAAUUGUUUAAAUUCUAACUACAAAAUCGUCAUUGCUUUCUGACUAUUCCUAAUAACUUGAACAUACCCUCAAAAACACGUGAUGGCCGAAGUAAAGGGUUCAAAAAAACGAAAAAAUAGCUCGACGGCUUCCACUAAUGAACGAACUGUGGAAAACAAACAAAUGUUUGAGGAAAUAAACAAAUUUGCAGCAAACUUAGACAUGGUGGAAAAGGAUCUAAAUUAUGCAAUUGCGCAUAGCUUGUCAGGCUUAAAUACAGACGAUAAAAUUAAACUGGACACAUACUUGGCCUAUGUAAAUAGCACGUUGUUUUGGAUGAAUUUAAAACUCAAUGGAACCGAUUUGUCCAAUCACUACAUUUUACAUGAUUUGCGUCGAGCCAAAGAAAUGUUAGCACGUGAAAAGGAAAUAAAUGAUUCCCUAACAGCACCACGCUUGGACAUCGCAGCAAGCAAACGCUUUAUUGCAUCGGGAAUGCACACACGCUUCAUUGAAAUGGAUGGAAUCAUGGUGACCAAAGAGCAAUAUCAACGCAGCUUAGCAGAAAGUGCUAGUAAAAAUUAAAUGAACAUCUGGCAUCUGAAAGCGUUUCCCGCAUACACACAACUAAAAAAAAAAAAACAAAUACAUUAGUGCCUAGAUAAAAA